AUGUCUCAGCCCGCGUUAUCCUCAGCCGUUCUUCGUCUAUCGCGACGCCAAAACAUGUCUGGAGUGGCGCUCCUACGCUUCACAUCUGGUAGAGCAUCGAAUUCGGCCUCUCGCUUGUCCGUGCCUUUCUCCUCCUGCAGCACCACUAUUCCUCGGUCUAUUUCGAGCUCUCUGAUCCCAUCUACGACCAAUACUUCGUUUCGAAUCCCUUCCACAAGACGUUCUUUGAAUUACCGCCAACGCUGUGCCUUCUCCGCAUCAACUGCUCGGCCGGGCGUUAAAGUCGUACAGAAUCCGAGGGUGGACGAUGAAGGGAAUGCGUUGAUGAUCAAUAUUUCUCCUCGGGCAGCAGAGCGUCUUCGAGAAAUCACGGAUCCAUCCUCUUCCUCGUCGGCAACAAAGGAGGAGAAUCCAUACCACCAUCUUCGGAUCACUGUGACCAGCGGAGGGUGUCACGGCUUCCAGUACCUCAUGUCUCUCGAGGCAACCUCGAAGAUAGACCCCGAGGAAGACACGGUAUUCGAAGCGGAACCCGAACAAGGCACGGCCUCGGGGUCCGGCCAAGCAAAGGUGGUCAUGGAUGAACCGUCUUUGGAACUCUUAUCGGGGAGCACGGUCGACUAUACUAUGGAACUGAUUGGCAGUCAAUUCAAGAUUGUUGAUAAUCCGCGGGCAACGAGCAACUGCGGUUGCGGAACGAGUUUCGAUGUGAAGGAUUGA